CCUCCCGCCGCCGCAGCGGCCGCGGAACACCCUCUCCGAGCUUCCUGCUGUGCAGGGGUGACGUGCGGCCCGGGGGGCACACAGGUCUGCGGCCUCCGCCGCGCCUCCCCCUGCCGGGAGCCCUUCCGUCGAGUCCGGCUCAGACGCGUCUCCCGAGGAGAUCUUCGUCGGCUCCUCUCCGGGCUGGAGCGGUUCCUUCCCGGGCGCCCCGGUCCCGCCUCCGGGCUGGUGGCGCUCGCGAGGCAUCGUGCCGUGGGCGACGCCGUCCGCUCCGCGGACCCUCAGCCCGCGAGCUGGCCCCACGCCGUCCCCCCGGCCCCGGACGAGGCCCCCGCGCAGUGCGGGGCUCCGGAAGUGGCUGCGGGACGGACGACCGCGCGUGGGGACCGGAGGCCGGCCGCGGCCGCUGAGGGAAGGCGCGGGAGGACGGGCUGCGUGUGUCCGGCCCCGCCCACGCCCCGGAGCCCGGGGGACCCUCUCGGAGGCGGACGUGGCCAGCGAGGCGCCCCGCGGUUCGGAGACGCCUCAGGUCAGGCUCGGAGGGAAGGCGGGUCCCUGGAGCUGGUCGAGUUAGUCGCAGGAAGCCAGUGUCUUGUGACGUCAUCUCAGGAAUGCGGUCAGGGCUCGGGGAGCUGCUGGAGAACCGGAAGGGUCAGGACGCGGACGGCCUGGAUGGGCAGGAGGUAGCACCUGCUGGCUGGGCCCCCGCUUGCCGCAGCGGCUCCUGCUGAGCACCGCGGCAUCGCUAGGACGGAUCACAGGCCGGCACCGGAUUCGGAGCAGCCCUGUCCCCUCAGCCCAGGUCAGCACUUCUGAGAGCGGUGGAGCGCUCCAGGGACACAUCUCAUCUCCAGAGCCACUUCCUGUCCCCGCCAGGGCCCAGCCGCCGUGAUGCACACGCCCAUGGAGGAAUCCCUCUUCCAGAUCAUCGCCUGCUACCAUCAGUACGCCGCCCGGGAGGGGGAUGUGGAGACCCUGUCCUUGGAGGAGCUGAAGGCUCUGCUUAUGGACAAUGUACCCCACUUCAUGGAGAGCCUGGGCCGGAAGGAGCCCUACUACCUCUCGGAGUUGUUCCGGGCUGCAGACAAGAACAAGGACAAGCAGAUCUGCUUCGACGAGUUCCUGUUUGUCCUGGGCCGGCUGCUGACGGACUACCACCUGCUGUACCACCGGCGGCUGUGCACCUGCUACUGCGCCCAGCACAGCCUGCACUAGAUAGAGAGGCAUAGACGCCAGCUCAGCCUGCACUAGAUAGAGAGGCGCCAGCACAGCCUGCACUAGAUAGACGCCAGCUCAGCCUGCACUAGAUAGAGAGGCGCCAGCACAGCCUGCAAUGGAUAGAGAGGCGCCAGCUCAGCCUGCACUAGAUAGACGCCAGCUCAGCCUGCACUAGAUAGACGCCAGCUCAGCCUGCACUAGAUAGAGAGACGCCAGCACAGCCUGCACUAGAUAGAGAGACGCCAGCUCAGCCUGCACUAGAUAGACGCCAGCUCAGCCUGCACUAGAUAGAGAGGCGCCAGCUCAGCCUGCACUAGAUAGAGACGCACCCGUCUGCCUAGCCCGCACUGAUAGAGAUGUGCCCGCCCGCCCAGCCCGCCGGUGCUGCCCAGGAGUUGGAGCCGGAGCCACUGCAGAGCUCUGCCCCGCUUGAGGGCGUGUGCCUGAACGGGCACGCCCCUGUGCACACGUGUGUGCAAUGUGCAGCUGUGAGGGAAGAGAAUAAAGCCGUCCCACAAA